CGUAUUUACAAUUUAACGCAAAAAUUGUCACAAAACAAAAUGAAACAAGUUGAAUAAAGCAACGUAGGGUCGUUGGAUUUUGAUAUCGCGGUUCUCCCCGCUUAUAACACAUCUAUUUUAAGAUGAAACUGUGCACACCAGAAAUAUCUUGGCACAACAGAGACCCUAUCUUCAGCGUAGAUUUCCAAAAAUAUGAUGGAAAGAUUCAACGGAUGGUGACAUCGGGAACAGACAAAAACAUACGGAUAUGGCAAGUCAGUAUCACAGAUGAGGGCAAAACGAAAAUAGAAUUUUUAUCGACACUCAUCAGGCAUACAAGGGGAGUGAAUGUGGUGAGAUUCUCACCUAAUGGUGAAGUUUUGGCAUCUGGGGGUGAUGAUUGCGCAAUCUUGUUAUGGAAGCUGAGUGAUGCAACAGCGCCACCUAAUGGGAUGUUCGGAGAGGAGGAAGACGACAAUAAGGAAACAUGGAACGUGACAAAAACUCUGAGGGGUCACAUAGAGGACAUCUAUGAUCUGUGUUGGUCACCUUCGGGGAAGUAUAUGAUAACGGGCUCGGUUGACAAUAGUGCUAUUUUAUGGGAUGUACACAAAGGGAAAAGUAUGGCAAUACUGAAGGAACAUGGAAGUUUCGUUCAGGGCGUUGCUUGGGAUCCGUUAGGGAAAUAUGUUGCUACUUUAAGCUGUGAUAGAUGUUGUCGGAUAUUCAAUAUAGCCUCCAAUCAAUGCGUGCACAGAAUCAGCAAGAUGUCUCUGCCAUCCAGUCCAGUUGGUGAAGACGGCAAAGUCAAACAGUUUCGAAUGUUCCACGACGAUACGAUGCGGUCGUUUUUCCGACGGCUGGAGUUUUCGCCAGACGGUCAGUUGUUGAUUGCGCCUGCUGGGUGUUUGGAAGAUGGAGACCAGAUCAAAAAUACUACCUACAUCUUUGCAAGAGGAGCUUUUUCAAAACCGGCAGUUUACUUACCCGGCUCGCCUAAAGCAACCCUUGUUGUUAGAUGUUGUCCUGUUUUGUUUGAAUUACGGAAAGUGCCAAGAAAAAAUAAAAUUGAAUCCGAGGAAGGACCUCCUACUGAUAAUGAGAAUCUGAAGGAAUGGGAGAAAUAUGAAACCAUGUUUUGUCUGCCAUACCGGAUAGUAUUUGCUGUUGCCACUGAAGACUCAGUCCUCCUCUACGAUACGCAGCAAAUGGUCCCCUUCGCAUACAUUGGAAACAUUCAUUACCACCAGCUCAGUGACUUAACAUGGUCAUCUGACGGUAGGCUCCUCGGCAUAGCAUCAACUGAUGGCUACUGUUCCAUUGUUCAGUUUGACGAGGGUGAAAUUGGCAUUCCUACGGAGCAGAAGAUCACUGACUUCAACAAGAAUGAAACUGAGAUUGAGAAAGACAUGACCAAAUUGAUAGAUUCCUCUGACCAGAGCUCAUCUCCCCCCAAUCUAAAUACAAGUCUGGCAAAGAAAUUAGACGAGACCCCACCUAUGGAAAAGUCAACAAAGGUUAACAGUAACACAUCUAAUACAGAUUCCCAGCCAAACACAUCAGAGAAGACAAAAGCCAAGAAGCGAAUACAGCUGAUAUCCUUAUCAGUCGAUGAGUCUUCAAAACUAGGCCCCUCAAAAUCUGCAGGUGACUCGACUAAGACUGAACGUACCAUAGCUGAUGAAGGGAAACAAAAGAGAAGAAUCAAUUUCACAACUUUAACCAGUAAGCAACCCGAAACAUCCAAGAUUGUUACCAUUGAUCUGACAUCGGACAGAAUCGAGGCGAUCCCAGCUGCUGUUAGGAAGGAGAAUUCUCCUGGACAAGCGAUGGAUGAGGCUGAUGGGCAGUCAUCGCAGUCAACUGAAGGACAGUCGUCAAAAUCCAAGACUGUAACUGUUGGAGAUGACUCGAGCCAGGACCUCUGUCUUAUGAUGGAAAUGUCCGAAGAUGAAAACAGUAUCGACACAUCGGAAAAGUUCUCCCAAGGCAGCAAUAAAAGUGACGUAUCGGACCUGAUGGAGCAUUGUAAAGGAGAUGGGGCCAAGGCAAGCAGAAGAGUUCAAGUCACAACGUUAUGUUUGAAAAAAUGAGGAGAGUGUUUCAGGCUGUAUCCUAUGGCAUCAGAUACUCUAUUUUAUGAAGACAGUUUCGAACAUUUUCAUGGCCAGCUGAGUAUGGCUAAUUCAUAGAGAACCACAGUUAAUUUUGCAUAUCAUUCAUGUAUAUCAGACUUGCAUUAACCAGAUCCUAGCAGAUAAAGUACUAGCCUUUCCAAGUUGAAGUUCCCGCCCAGUUGGUGAUGUGUAGAAUAGAUUUCAUGAAUAAUGUGCAAAAGUGCUGGUCAGAUUCUGAUAUACGUAGCGGUCGGGAUAUUUGAUUUCAACCUGGGUCCAGCUGCAAGUCACUUCGUAACUCCCGACCGGCUCAUCACAGUAUAAGGAAAUAAGGAUUCAAGAGUUCCACUGAUAGGCUCCGUGACACAAGGCACCCCUAAUUCCAUUUUGUAAAUAUUCAAGUUCAUGCAUGAAGUUUGUGUCUAUAAUAAACUGAGAGGAAUGAAUUGCUAACUUGUAUUUCUUCAGCAUGGUACACGUUAUGCAUGUGAUCCUGUCAUGAUUUUCGUGUCCUUGACGAAUGAUAUUGGAAGAAAUGAUUUUUCUUGUUUUACUGAUGCAUUUGAUUUGUACAGAAUGAUUAG